AUGGUGGCCCAGGAUCUCCGGGCCAGAGGGGCGUUUCUCCCUACAGAACUCGUCGUCACCAUCCUUUCUUACGCAACUGACGAGGAUACGGUGAACGAAAACUGGCAAUCUACGCUCUUUUCCUGCUGCUUGGUCUGCCAGCAAUGGUAUGCCGCCGCCAUUCCGUUCCUCUACUCAAAGCCAGUCAUCUCUGCGAGAAACUACGACUCCUUUGCUGGAACAUUAGAUGUCCGUGGCAAAGCCAGACAUAUACAGGAGCCUCUGGGGAACUUUGUCAAACAUCUCGAUCUAGGGGCCCUUGCACAUAGUGGCAGCAAGAGUGUCACCGCAAGGCUAUUGCGAGCAUGUAAGGAGGAGCUUGAGGUCUUCGUUGCACCCGCGUCUACAUUUUCGUGA